UGUUGUGGGUAUUGUGGGUCUACUCUGAAGCGCUAUGGACCAACACCAGUCAAGAUCAAGACCAACGUCAGUGAAACAUGGGUAAAGACCUUGGACUUCAGUUUUGGAUACAACAGGAAAUUUAGUAGUAGAGAACGACAGUAGGUGUACAUGUUUACCAGUGUCUACUUAAUGUGGCACUGUGUACAUAGGUCAUGUGCUGCUGUAGUUGCUCACUAUUCAAUUUAGAGCAUUUGGUAUAGAAUUCUAAUACCUUCCAUUGAAAUGACUGAACCUAUCUGAAUUCAGUUUAUGCAAGUAUUCAGUCUGAAAAUGGCCAAAAAAACUUUUAUGUAGUUUUGUGGAAACAGCAAUGGUCGAAGGAAUCCAUAUUAUUGUGGAUCAUAUUUUAGGUUUUAUUAAGAAUGAGUGACUUACAUUUUAAGGGUCUUGUGUGAUGGAGUCUUAUGUGAUGUUAACAUGUAUUACAGAUUGUUCUCCAGAACUUGCUGAUGUGCAUGAUAUCCUUCUAUGCUGUUUACUACAUAGUGGUCAGUCUCUGCAUUGGUAUUCUGAGGUGAGUCUAAAAUAAUAUAUAUUUUCCACAAUAUUCAAAUGAAGUAUAUCCUGUCUUUCAUAUAGUUUCAUUGUCAUAUGUUGUGGUACAUGAUUGACGUGUACUUCCUGUCUCGUGAACACAGAAACGACCCACUAAAGAAUGCACAGUGUCUGCAUGGAACCCUCAUUUUGGUUUCUGUCAGAAAGCAUCACAAUAUGUCUCCAGUGCUACCUCACACUGUAACUACAGUUAAUGGCAAAUGAACCAUUUCUGACCCAAGUUUCUCAUUAUUCAUAAUCUCUGCAGGGUACAUGAGGUUGACAGCCUUUUAGCACCCUUUGACUACACAACACAACCAUCAUGGCAAAGUCCAAAAUACCUAGGUGAGUUGAUCCAAUACUUUAUUCUUGUUAUUCAGUAGUUAGCAACCUCACCCUUUUUUAGAUAGACUACCUCUAAUUCUGUGUGUUCAUGUUGGUAAGCAUGUUAGCUGAGGUGUGUAGUUUGUAUUUCCUGCAUAGUGACAGUGAUCUCUAUGGAGGUGACCUAUCUUUUGGGAGGCCUGAUAUUUGCGUGGAUUGUCGAGGAGUGGGUGUGGGACUACGCCAUUACAGUCACACUAAUACACAUCGGUCUGACGGUAGCAGGUAAGCAGCAAGAGAGUGAGGCAAGGGGACAAGAAUCUCAUUGUCCAAGGUUUCAUAAAUGUACGCUUUUCUGAACAAACCUGACAUCACUCAAACCAUCAAUGAUUUGUAUUUGGCAUAUUUACUCUUUAGGUAAAUCGACAGAUUAAUACAAUUAUGUACAUAUGGUCUAAUCACUGCCUGGUGUAUAUGCAGCUGUCCACUUUGUAUUUACAUCUGUGUCAAGCGCCAUGCUUCAAGGGUCCCUCUUUCUAUUGGUUAACAUCAAUUAAUGUCGCUACUGUAUAGCAAGCAGCCCUAUAGUGUGAUGGCGUCUGGCUGUCUGGUGCUGCCAGUGCUCUACAAUAAAGCCAGGUUUGAUAAUAGCAAACACAUCAAUGACUCCAUAUGAGUCUACUUCCCAUCUGAGACACACUUUUCAGUGGAUGUUUUAGUAUCAGUUUCAGUAUCUGCUAAUGAAUUGGAUUAGAAGAACAAACGAUGUCAAUGUUAAUCCUAUCAUUGAAUUGAUGGGAUUUCAAUCUACAGUAGGUUAUGUUAUGCAAGGUUGUAAGGCUGCUUUAGUAUAAACAGGCUUGUCAGAAGAACAUCAUGAUCAUACAGUUUCACAAGCUGACAGAAAGCUUGAUUUUAUGUAUUAGUUUAUUUGUUAUGGUUGAAUAUGUGUCAUAUUCAAUUACUAUCCUGUCUGUUUCUUUCAUCCAGUUAUGUCUGAUUUCCCAUCAACAGAACAUUAUUGGAUUGCUCUUGGUAAGGAAUCAUACUUGAUUUCAGACAAUUUGGAGCCAAUAAAAAUAUUAUUUGUUGUUAUGUACAGCGUAUUUUGAUCAUUGCAUGAAUUAGUCGUUCUACAUUUCUUUAGCAAGUGAUUCAAUACCUGAUGCAUUCAAAUAGGUCUAUCCUUUAAAUCCACUUGUUCACUCAUCUUAUCCAUUCUGUGUGUCAUAGGUUCUGGAUUGGUGAUGAUGAUUUUCGGAGGCCAACUUCUAGCAUACAAGCUUUUCAGGAAUAAUUUUGUGUAUCCGGAUGAGCUCCAAAAUUUC